UAUAUAUUUUAACCUUAAUUUCACCCGACACAGAGACAUAACCUGGUGUGUUAGUGACCUCGAGGUAUUGUCUUCAGUGUGUGGUGGAGGCUAGCGUGGGGGAGUGAGCGUGCAGCGUGAUAAAAGAGGAGGAUAUGAGCGGUGGUGGUGGCGGGGUGCCGUGAGGGCCAGGUGCAGGACGGCGUGACUCAGGGCCUGGGCACACACACACACCCUCCCUCGCCCUGGCAGUCUUUUGUUACCUCUUGGCUGGCCUGUGUCCCCGCGGCAGGAGUACCCGGCCAUCCCCUACCGUGCCUGCCCUGCGAGGGGUGCCUGGAAGAGCCCUGGUGCCUGGGUCGUCGUGGCUAGAUUAUGUGGUGAGGGUUGAGGAAACAUGGAUCCCGGACAACAGUUUUGUUUGCGCUGGAACAACUACCAGUCCACACUCCAGCAUGUCUUCCACAAGCUCUGGAUGGCAGGAACCUUCGUGGAUGUCAGCCUGGUGGUGGAGGGCCGGAGGCUAGACUGUCACAAGGUGGUCCUGUCUGCUUGCUCCUCCUAUUUUGAGCAGAUCCUUCGGGACCACAGCAGCCACCCACACCCGCUGAUCCUGCUCCAUGACCUUCCCUACUCAGCGGUGGAGGCUCUGGUCACCUUCAUGUACCGCGGGGAGGUCAAUGUCAGCCAGGAGCAGUUGGCAGCACUCCUGAAGGUGGCUGAGACACUGAGAGUUAAAGGUCUGGCAGACUCUGGUGCCAUUAGCGGCUUCACUAAACGUCAGCUGUUGGAACGCUGUAUUCCCCUCCUGGAACACGCCCCCUGCAACCCACCGCAGCCCAACCCAGCCCUCAACAACCUGGGUGCCGUCACAGUGCCCACCACAUCCAUCGUUCAGCCCAGGAUGACCCCAACAAGAGUCAGUCUGGGUAAGAAUGGUUCCAAUGUGCUCAAAAACCUGUGCAAUGGAGGCCUGAGGAGGGUGGACCCCUACACCCCAAGCACCAGUCCUGGCCCCAAGAGGAAGAGGCCCCGCUCAGAGGAGUUCAUUCCCUCCCUUCCCCCAAUAGCCACUCUUCCCACCAGUGAGAUGCCACCCAGUGAAGCCUCUCAGCCCUCACCAGUACCCUCCACAGCACCCCCUGAGACGUUCAAACAGGAAGCAGCAGAUGAGACGGACGGAGAACUACAGAUUGACGAGUCUGCUGCCCAGUCUCCUGUAGAGCCUCCAGAGUGUGACAGCAACUCCAUAGACCCUGACAUGGAAACAGAAGCAGAAGACGAGGAGUCCCACCAAGGUCUGUCCCAAGAGGUGAAGACAGUUGUGAAGCCAGACGUCCCUCCCUUGCACCUGAGCGAGGGCACCACCACCACCCUUCCCAAAGAAAACAUGGAGGCCUCUCAGCCAUUUUCACACCUACACCAAGGGGCACUGGACAGUCUGCAGGGCAAGGAGCGGAUCAGCAGCAGCAUCAGUGGCAAGUCCUGCGAGAGAACCUAUACUCACUUGGACUUGGAGGAAGGCAUUGAGGCCGUUCUCUUAGGCCAUCUGACUCCCGCCAAGGCCAUCGCACAGUAUAGAAUCCCUCGCAGGACCUUCUUCCGUCGAUUGUCUGCUGUUAGGAAGAGUAGAGGAAUACCUUCUGCCAAGGAGAACGCUGCUGAUCAUUUUCUAACAGCCUCGGCCACAGUAGGAGACUCCAACUCACAGCUCAUGCUUCCCGUGUCUGACUCCGAGUCCUACGCCGCCUCCUUCAAAAUCAAGUCCGACCGUCCUGUGUUGAUAGCCCCCAAGGAGGGUAAAAACAAGGCCAAGAAGGGGGAUGGAGUCAUGGCCCCCAACAACAGUUACUUUUCCUUGCUCAACCUGGCAGCCACUAACAACUACGAUGCUUACCUUAACUACCUGAAGCUUGUGGCACAGCAGGGCGACAUCACCAACACGGAGGAGAUCAUUGAGGCACUGAAGAAGGGCCAAGUCAAGGAGGGGAAGCCAGCUGUGGAUGACAACAGGAAUGUGUCUGAAGCGGCUCUCGCCCUCGUCGCUCACAAUGUGUCGGCCGAGUAGUGUCUCACUGGUCCUCUGUGGAAGGUUUUUAUCCCCUACUGACGAGGGUGGAACAGUACUUCUGCCUUGGGCUUCCUGUAGAGCCUGGUGCCAAUUGCAACUAACCAUUCCAUACACAGCAUUCCAUUAGGUUUAAGGCUUCUUAUUGUACAUAUACAUUUAUUUAAUCGGAUGGGCGCAUAGAUGAUAUUCUUCAGCCAAAGCAUAUCCUGGAUCUUUUUCUUUUGUAUAUUAUUUAUUGUACAUUUUUUCUAAAGCUUGGGAUGUAGGUCUGUUUUCAGUAUUAUAUAUCCAGUUUUCAUUAUUAGGAAGGAAAUUACAACAUGUCAUCAUUUGGUAAAAUUACUUCCCUCUGGGUGGGCCAGAACUCUCCUCCAGAUGCAUUUGGUCAAAUCUCAUGUGCUAUUCUGAAAGGCUCUGAUAUUAAUACUUUACCAAAUGGUUACUUCAUCUUUCCUUUGAUAUGGAUUUUUCUUAAGCAUGUUACACUCAGUGGUAUUAUGAUUUUGUGGCAGCUAAUGUAAUGAGGGACACUGCUCUUCCUGAACCAACUAAACAUGGGAUAACCACGCCUUGCUACACUUACGGUGACCUCCCAACACUGAAGUCUCAAAAACUGUGAUAACAUUUGGUACUUAUACUUAUAAUCAUACUCAAUCUCCACAUUUGGCCUUCUCAAGUUGCUCUCUAGGAUAAGUACAUAAUAUACAUAACUCCAGAUUAUCACGUGGGGACAUAACCUUAUCUGUGUCUUCCACUUGAACCAUGUCUGUGCCUUGUAGAUGCAGUAGUCAGGUCUGUAGGUAGGGGGUUACUUCCUUUUCCUAAUGGUGGUGGUCUUCUUGGUAGGUUUUGUACUUAACGUAAGGCAGAUCUGUGGGAGUGCCUCACUGGAAUGGUUCCUUCUACUUAUUUGUUGACAUUGAUCUCAAAAUUUUUACUCUAUAUAAAAAGUAUUUUAGUAUUCCUCCACUCCUUGUCCAGAGCCCAAUGACCAUGGUCUCUUUUGACUAACUUACUGAGUAGUCUUUGAUCAAAUGUGUCGUUAAUAUUGUUCAUUAUUUUUAUGGAUCUCUUGACAAAAUGUUUUUAUUUUAUAUAAAGGAUUCAAUUAUCCCUCCACUCCUUGCCCUGAGCUCAGCUGCAAUAGUCUGUUCUGACCAACUUGCUGGAUAAGGUCUAUCAAAUCAUGUCUAAAGUUAAAAUAAACUUUUUUACUUCUAGAAAACCAGGUAGCAUUAUUGACUACUUGUUCUGUGUGAUCAGUCCCUCAAAGCACAAAUGCAUUUAACAGUGAUUUGGUUCUUUAACAUGGUACAGUAAUGUAUUUUCUCCCUACAUUUUGGCAACACAGUUUUUUAAGUUCAGGAAUAUUUAUUCCUUGAUGUCUAACAUUGCAUGGAAGUUGUUGCCUCCCUGUUGAUCAGUCUGUUCUGCGUCACCGUGGUCCAUGGUGCCAUCCUGUGAUGACAGCCACAAAGCUUACCGUCAGAACUGCCUUACAAAAACUCUCUGGUUGUGGGAUUCACUUGUACCUGUAGUUGCUCAGCUAUCUUAGACUUAGGCUGGAGUAGUUAAGCUGAUAGGAAUACGCAGGCAUUGUUGGUCAGUAUUUUCUCCCCCAUUGUCAACUGGCUUCCUAUUAACUGACAGUUGGGUUUGUGCCUCAAACACAGUAAAUUACCAUACAUGUGGUAUUUACUUUCCUGACCACUCAUGAGGAUAUCUGAGCCGUGUGCAGCUCUUGUUCCUAUAGUGACUAUACUGUUACAGGUGUCAUUGUUUGUAUUCUUGAGUAACAGCUACAACUCUGCCAGCGUCGCCACACUCAGCGUGAUGGUGACAGGCAUCACAGAGGGUUGCUGGCGUCUGUGAGCUGGCCAACCCCUCAACCAAGACACUUUAAUGAUGCAACUUGACAUGGCUGUGAUGAAUGCAUUCAAAAUGCUCCAUAUUUAUCUCAAAUUUUAGGAAGCAAAGUUUUUAGAGUUGACGGUAGCUGAAAACCUGUUUUGGUCAAUAUAUUGUUAGCUUUCACAUGUCACAGGUUAACCAUCUGCAUGGACCUUCUCAUACCUAGUAUUUUAGACAUAAUAUAGUGUGCUUCCAGCCUCUCGUGCCAUGCGGAGAGCCAUGCUGCCCUGGCCGUGGGUGGGCCGGACACUGCUGGGCGGCUGUAGCUGCCCUGUGUCUCUGACUGUGUCCGGCUCAACCAACAGGAAGGGACUCUUGCCUACCCAUGAUCUGUGUGGGUAGCCUCCUAUUGCAAGUGUCUUUUCCUUUGUCUGGCCAUGGGCAGCAAGCCCUCGGUGGUGGGAUGCCCGGCUGAGCGCUGACUCUUGGUGGCAAUUAUCUCCUUGCUCACGUGGGGAUCAAGUGUGUGGGUGACGAAGGCAGCUUGGGUAUUCAAGGAAGUGCAAAUAACCCUUCGGUGUUUUGUAUUGAAACAGUGGCAUUAAUAAGUUUAAGGUAAAGGUUAGCGAUCUCAUUAUGUACACGUAUGCCUAAGAAUACUACUAUACAUGUUAGUGGCAUCUGUCCUUUGCUUAGCAUUAUCUUGGUACCUGCAACAGCUGGUAGCCCUCAGUGUGUUUUACAUAUGUUUUUUUCUCUCUGGGCUCUCUGCUACACUUGCUGAAGCAGAUUUGACUUUGAAGACAGGGCAUUGAGAGAGUGUUCUUGUAUUCUAGUUCUGAUUCACGGCCGGCGUGUGUCCGUGUUCAAAGUGUACUUAUAACUUAUCGUGCCUGUGUGCCUGCAAGCAUCAGCACACAGUGGCAUGAAUGUAGUAAUGUAAUCUGUUGCCUUUUGGUGUAAAAUGAUCUGAGGUGUACUUAAGAUCUUACAAGAAACUGUGAUAAAAGGUAGCUUCUAUACUUAAACAUUCCAUAUUUGCCCCUUUGAAGAAAGAUGCAACAUUCCAUUCCAUUCCACUCCCUGUGAUAAUACAUUUGCCUUGAACUAACAUAUCUACUGACUGCUAAAAUGUAAAAACAGUUCCAAGCAUUAAAAGAAAUAGGAAGUACAACAAUUGGUAGAUGAAUAUAUAGGAUCUAAGUGACCUUAAGAUUACUGCAGCAUUAUAGAGACAUUCAAGUGCUUUUGUAUGUGGACAGAUUCCUUUACUCUAGGGCUGGCGGCGACGAGCCAGGCGGUACUGACGGCGCGGGAGCCGAUCUUUCUGCUCCUCCACUGUUAGAAGUCUUGUAUUUUUCUACAAGUUUCUGAGGAUUUUUCAAUAAAACGAUUUUCUAUGAA